GGCAGGCCCCUCCCCCGGACCGAGGCUGGCGCCAUCGCCUAGUCUGCAACUCGAUCCCCGCCAUCGCCGCCGCCGCCGCCAUGGGCCUAUCCCCGCCGCGGCUGGCCUGCCUCUUCCUCCUGAUCGCCCUGGUCCCUGGCAGCGCUCUCCACACCAAGGGCGCCUUGCCUUUAGACUCCAUCACCUUCCGCAAGGUGAUCCCAAAGCACCGCUUCGUCCUGGUGAAGUUUGACACGCAGUACCCUUAUGGGGAGAAGCAGGACGAGUUCAAAAAGGUGGCCGAAAGCUCCGAGUCCAGCGAGGAUUUGCUGGUGGCCGAGGUGGGGAUCUCAGAUUACGGCGACAAGCUGAACAUGGAGCUGGGGGAGAAAUACAACUUGGAUAAGGACAUGUACCCCAUUUUCUACUUGUUCCAAGAUGGCGACCUGGAGAACCCUUUGCCGUACAGCGGCCAGGUCACAGCCAGUGCUCUGCAGCGCUGGCUGAAAAGCCGAGGGAUCUACAUGGGAAUGCCGGGAUGCCUGAAGGCAUUUGACGCCUUGGCCAACACAUUUGUGAGCGCCGCUCAGGAAGCAGAGCGCCAGGCCCUUCUGGAAGAGGGGCAACGGCAGCUGGAGGCAGCCAAGGAAGGCGAGCGGAAAUCGGCUGAGCAGUACCUCAAAAUCAUGAGGAAAAUCCUGGCCCAGGGAGACCAGUUUACGGCCAACGAAGUCUCCCGCAUCAGCAAGCUCAUUGAGGAGAAUAAGAUGAGCGACGGGAAGAAGGAAGAGCUCCAGAAGCGCCUCAACAUCCUCGCUUCUUUUCUCAAGAAGUCGAAGGAUGAGAAAGAAGAGCUUUGACGCAGAAGGCCCAAAAAGAGUCAAAGCGGGUCAAGGCCCAGUCUGGUGCUCCCUUCAAACAAGCAAAAACACCCUGCUUGCCUUUUCCGGAGGUGGUGGGAUUCUUUUCCUUGAGUUUGGGUUUCAUGUCUUUUGAAAGACCCAGAGUGAAGACCUCUUUUGGGUCAGAGAACGGGCAGAACCCCACUGUUGUCAACAGGAUGGAAGCCACAAUCGGUCCUAAAUCCUUUGUUCAAUAAGUGUUCAAAAAGGAAGGUUGCUUCCCCAAUUCCUCUCCCUGCUCAAGUUUGUGCUCCAAGGCACUGUCCUUUAUUGGAUGCAUUUUCAAGAUGGCCCCCCUCCAGGCUUGGUGCAGCCUCUUUUGAAUUAGUAGGGGGUUCAAAAUGGCUGCCCUCAAAACAUUGGGCAGCUGGUUGUCAUUGGUUGAAUUCUCAAACGUGUGGCCUACCAAAGCUGUCCUGGCUCCACCAGUCAUUCCAUGCGGCCCACCAGCUGCUGGCACAUUCCUCCCCCCCCCUUCUCCUUUGUUGUUGUGUAUUUUUGAAGACCCGAAGGUGUAUUACUGAGCAAUUGAUGGGACUCCAGACGUUGAUGGCGGAUUGGGUUCAGCUUGCAUGGCCAUGGCUCAAAAUGGCCACCUCUCAGAUGUUACCAAGCCUCCUGUGGCAGGCAGCCAAACAAAAUGGCUGCCUCCUGUCAGCGUCAAGGUCUGCGCUGAGGAAUUUUGGCCAUUGAGCAGGUGGGGUUGUUUUUGUGCUUGUGUGUUUCGGAGCACAGGUUCACUCAGAGCAAAACGUGUUUUUCGCUUUGCGAUGCUUCUCUCUUACUGUUCAGUAUUUGCAAAAUUGGUUCUGGGGAACAUUUAUUGUGGUACUUCCAUUUGUUAAUAAAGGCUACUGGGGGGAAAAAACAA